AUAAAAGAGUCGGUUUGUGUUGGUGGCGGAAGGAUACCUCCCAUCCAGGUGACGCGUCAAAAUAUUGGCUUGGGAAGACCGCGCCAAAGCACAGACAGUGGCCACUCUUCAGGAUAACAACACAUCACCGUGGCCCUUUAAACACACCGAAGGGUCGACGCGGUCGCUGUGUGAUUUUUUUCUUCACUCGGCUUGUUUCCUUACGGAGGAUUGUUUUCGUCGGGACUAUCUUUUGUCGGCGCACAGGAGCCAGAUUUGAUGCCGGUUUUCGGGAAUCUGUGCGCGACUUGGUCGUGACUGUGGGGGGGACUGUGACGGGCGCGGUGCGGCGGAGUUGUGGAUACAGCGUGUUCCAUCGCACCACCAUUAUUUAGUCGCACACAUUGCGCCUAAAUUCAUCUGUUUUCAGUCGCCUUCUUUCUUUUUGUCUUCAUUUUGAAAGUCUCUCGCAGCGGUUGGACGGAGCUCGUUUUGUGCUUUUUCGCCACAAACCUACCGGCUUUUUCAGCUCGAAUAUGUUGCUGUCAAAGUUUGGUUCAUUUUCGCACAUUUGCAACCCCUCGAGCAUGGACCACCUACCAGUGAAGAUACAACGCCAGCCGGUUAAAGUGGAAAAGGAGCCCUUUGAAAAGGUUUACCAGGUGGGCUCGGUUUUAGGCAGCGGGGGAUUCGGAACUGUGUACGCCGGCAGUCGGAUCUCUGAUGGCGCACCGGUGGCUGUGAAGCAUGUUGCAAAGGAGAGAGUGACGGAGUGGGGCACAAUUAAUGGAGCCAUGGUGCCGCUGGAAAUCCUGCUCCUGAAGAAGGUCAGCUCGUCUUUUCGUGGAGUUAUCAAACUGCUGGACUAUUACGAGCGCGCUGACGGCUGGCUCCUGGUCAUGGAGAGGCCGGAGCUGGUCAAGGACCUGUUCGACUUCAUCACGGAGAAGGGCGCCCUGGACGAGGACACGGCGCGGGGCUUUUUCCGCCAGGUUUUGGAGGCGGUCCGGCACUGCUACAGCUGCGGUGUGGUGCACAGAGACAUCAAGGACGAGAACCUGCUGGUGGACCUGCGCACCGGGGAACUCAAGCUUAUUGAUUUUGGCUCGGGGGCGAUUCUCAAGGACACGGUCUACACUGAUUUUGAUGGUACGAGAGUGUACAGCCCGCCAGAGUGGAUCCGUUUCCACAGAUAUCACGGCCGCUCGGCGACUGUGUGGUCACUAGGCGUGCUUCUGUACGACAUGGUUUGCGGAGACAUCCCCUUUGAGCAGGAUGAAGAGAUCCUCAGAGGGACUCUGUAUUUCAGGAGGAGGAUCUCAGCUGAGUGCCAGCAGCUGAUCAAAUGGUGCCUGGCCCUGCGGCCCUCUGACCGGCCCACCCUCGAGCAGAUCUGCGACCACUCCUGGCUGCGGGUCACGACAGAGUCGCCCGGUUCGCCGGAGGAGCCGGCGGCGGUGGACAUUCGCCUCAGAACCAUCGACACAGACUCUUCGUCGAGCUCGAGCAAAGAAAGCCUCUGAGUUUGGACGGACUGAACAGACAUUCUGGGGGGGGGCGACCCGGACUGAAGGCCAGCAGCAGCCUGGCCCAAUCAGAUUAAAGAAACAAAACACAAAAAGAGUACUUUAAUUUUCCUCUUUUGUAGGAAUUUCUAAUUUAUUACCGUUUGUUUUAUUGUUACCCCCCAACACCCUUUUUCAUUUCUGUUUAUCUUGUUUCCAAAUGGGGAACUUUACUUUUUUUUUUCUGUUUUAUUCUUCCUGUUUGGGCGGUCUUACCAGCACUAUUUAUUCCCCUUUUCCCUUUUUUAAUUUUUUUGUUUUGUUAUUAGGCUGGUAUAUAACAGCUGGCAAGGCCCCUCAAUUCAGUCAUGGCUGCUCUCAUAGAGCUCUGAGAAAAGUUUUUAUUUAAAUAUUUUGAUUUUGGAGUGCCUUUUUUUGGAAAGCUGCUUUUUUCUGGUGGGCUUUUCGUCAACAACUCUUUGGGUUUUUUGGGGGGUGGGUGGGGGAUCUGCCUGUGGUGAGGUGGCUAAAGUUGUCUUUGCUGUGAUGGAAGGUGGGCGUCAAGGUUUUCUUUUUAAAAAAAAAAGAAUAAUUUUCUUUCCCGAGAGAGGAGGAGGUGGGGGCUUUUCCUUUACGAUAAAAUACUUGAAACACUUUCUGUGUUUAUCUCUUUAACGCUGCUUUUUCACUUUAUAGCCUGAACAGGUGUUUGGAAACUAAUCCUGUCUUUUCUGAAUGUCUCCACUCUCCUCCCCCCACCUGGUUCUCCCUCUUAUCUCCUGAUUUGUUGUAUUUUUUUGCCUCCCACCAUCUUCACUGCUUGACGUGCCCACCCCCCCUCACCCCAGGCCUCCCUCAGGGUUUGGGGUGUAGAUGCACAAUCAAUGCAAUAUUCAUAGAUUUUUUUUGUCUACAAAUAUUGUACAGCAUGUAUUUUAUUUUAUUUUUCUCUGUGUGUACAUUUUUUUCCCUGUUUGCAUUUAAUUUAUAACAUGUAGACAUUCCACACUCUGUGGCUAUUUAUUUUUUAUUUAUUGUCUUUUUUUUUGUUUUGGCUUAAACAAACAAAAAACUUCCCCAACAAAUUUGUAUCCACACCCCACAACUUUGCCUUUUGGUUUGCAUUCCUAUAACUUAUUUUUUUACAUUUCAAACUUCUUUCUGAGAUGUGGAGGAUGCACUGAAGCAGUUGUAACGCAGAAUAAAACGUUUACCUUUAUUUGAAAAGAAAAAAGAGAAGAGCAUUUUGAAUGUUAUUUAGUUUAAGAAAGAGAGUUGGUCAUGUUGAAAGAUGACGUAUCGGAGGAAUCUGGUUUGUGUUCUGUCAAGGUUCAUUUGGGGAAAAUAAACAACCGGUGAAAGAGUUUUUCUAGUCGUCACAUAGCCUCUUAUUGGAGACGUUUCACUUUAGCUGUGUGACUCGUGGCUGUGAAGGAUGGAUAUUGCUAUUUUUUGAUACAGAAGUUUCAAUUAAACACUCAUUUUUAUGUACAGAUA